AUGGCGACAACAAUUCAAUGGAUAACCAACACCUGCCUUGUACUCUUCUUCACCCUGUGCGUUGUUCGUCUGUCGGACGAGACGAUAGAGGUCAAGGGCGCAGGAGCUUCGUUCCCGCUCGACGUUUACACGUCAUGGAUCCCGGCCUACGAGACGUACCGACGUCGAUUUCAAGACGUCCACAUCAGUUACAGCAGCAUCGGCAGCGGCAAAGGGAAGGCGCGGAUUAAAGGGGAGCUCCAGCCACGGGUGGAUUACGCCGGUUCGGACUCUCUCCUGUCAGACAGGGACUACCGAGACUCUCCGGAUCUCCAGAUGUUUCCCACAAUGGCAGGGGCUGUUGUUUGCGUUUUCAAUCUACCUGGAAUAUCCCAACUCAACAUGACGAUUCAUCAACUGGCUAGAAUAUACAGUGGACGGAUCACUUGGUGGAAUGACUCAUCUCUAGUGGAAAUAAACCCCGAAAUCACCUUACCAAACAAAAAGAUCAUCACAACAGCAAGGCGCGACAAGUCCGGUACAACGGAGAUUUUCACCAGGACUCUUAGUUCCUUUGAUGCCGACUGGAAGCUCCAAUACGGGAUGUUUAACCAAGGACUGGACGAGAACGACCGACCGGUGCACUGGAAUUCAACAACGGUUCAGGUGUAUGGCCAGUCGAACCGAGGCCUGUCGGGAAUGAUGCUGUCAAUCCGUUACUCCAUUGGCUACCUGGUCAUGUCGGAAGCGACUUCCAUGAAACUGAGCUAUGCACUGUUGCAGAACAACGCCAGCCAGUUCGUCGACCCGACCAUCACCACAGUCCAGAACGCCAUGGUCGCUACCUCCUCGAGGUUUGACAAUCGAAUGACAGCCUCGUUAUCAAACCCCACCGGAAGCGAAUCUUACCCAAUGGCCGGAUACACGUACUUCAUCAUUAAGAAAUCUAACAUGACUGACUGCCAGGUUGCUAAAGAACUUGUCCGAUACAUUGAAUGGUUCUACACAAAUCCUGUAGCUAAAGAGUAUUGCUCGGGUGCGGGAAUGGUGCCUCUUCCGUAUGAUUUAUACAAACUAAUCUUGAGUAAGAUCAUUCAAAAGGUAACGUGCAACAAUCGAAACGUGUACAAUUUAGUACAGGAGGAUAUACAGAGAGAACUGGACUCGUUAAGGACUUGGGUCAUUCCAGUGUAUGUUGCUGCACCACUGUUCGGUGUAUUGGUUCUUGUUGCAGCUAUUUGUGUGAUCAACAUGAAGACGAAAACAUGCAGAGCUGUGUGGAACAAUGAAUGGAAAAUAGAACCAUGGGAAAUCAAUUUUUAUCACCUAAGCCCGAGAAAAAGUAUCGUCAGAACUGGCAAAUUUGCUCGCUUCACAAGAAAUAAAAUCCACCCAGCUGUUGCCAAUGGGAAGACGGCGCCGACGACGUCGACGUUUUCCUCUUGUCUGGGAGAAUGGUGCGGGAAUUUAGUGUAUCUCAGAGCGCUGGGCAUUAACAAGAACCUGACGUUCAACACAAAGAAGACGGUCUUGUGGAUGGAGCGAUCCUUGCGGCACAAGAACCUGACUCGGUUUUACGGCCUGGUGUACCUGGACGGCGUGUAUCAUUCGGUGAUGAACUACAACGUCAAAGGAUCGUUGAACAAUUUCCUCUACAAGUCCAACCUGAGCACAAGCAUCGAUCUCAAAUUUGCCAUUACGUACGAGCUUGCCUGCGGGAUGACCUUCCUACACCGAAACAACAUAGUUCACGGCAGCCUGUCCAGUUCCAACUGCUACUUUGAUAGCAACUGGUCGCUCAGGAUCGACGAAUGGGGGAAGGACAGAUUGGAAGACAGAACGAACAGAAAGAAUUAUAACAUUGACGACAUCAGUAAUAUCACACAGUGGGACUCUCCCGAGUUCUGGACGGCGCCCGAGAUUCUGCAGCACAACACACAGCCCACCAAAAGCGGGGAUGUCUAUAGCUUUGGUAUGACAAUGAAGGAGAUCUUUACCAGAGAACUGCCAUUCUCGGAAUACUCCUCAUGCAGAACUCCGGGUGAGGUCUUAAGAGAUGUCAUCUCCGUAUCUCUCCGUCCAGGGUUUUAUCUUACCACCCCUUUCACCGCAAGAGCGAUUAUGAGCAUUACCUGGGAAAGUGAUCCCGGCGUGAGACCAACAUUUUCAUUAAUCCAAGAGAAGAUCAUGAAAACCUAUUCCAGGGGAAAUGCAGUGGUGGAUUCUAUCAUUCACCUGCUGGAAGAGUAUGUCUCUAUGCUAGAGGAAACAAUUGAAACUGUAGAAGCCCGUGACAAAAUAGUCACGAAUCGAGAUUCAAACAACUGUCCAACGAUAAAGACCUUGCCAUCGCUCGAGAAGGUCCAGCCGCAGAAAUUCUCUUCGGUAACCGUCGUUGUGUGUAACGCAUGUGACUUCCUGUCCUUAGUAUCUCGAUUUACCUCCGCUGACAUUUUUCAGAUGCUGACCAAUCUUUUCCAAGCAUUUGAUGACAUCGCUUUGAAGAAUCAGCUCUACACUUUCGACGUCACCUACAACUGUUGCAAAAUGGUUGCUGGGUUACCGAAGCCUAGCAACAUACACGCACAGAUUGCCGUGCAGACGGCACUGGACCUUAUGGCGGUGACUCGUAAGAUUCGCGUUAAUGUUAACACGCUCGAACCGCUGAGACUGAAGAUAGGGAUCAGUUCGGGCACCGUGUUCCUGAGCAGUUCGGGAGUCUGCUCGUACCCUGAGAAGCGCUUCGUGUGUGGUGAUGCAGUCUACGUGGCCACUCAGCUGGCUGAAGAGGCUAAGCCCAGCACGCUUCUAAUAUCGCAGACGACAGCUGAGCUACUGCAAUCGACGGCAAAGUGGAAUGUGAUUCCCAGAAGGGAUCCAUUUAUGUGGAAAGGUGAUCUGUUAAAAACAUUUUGGCUUCAAACCAACAACAAUCUGUUCAACUUAACAACAGUUUAA